UAUAAGACAACGCAACAAAAUGAUUCAAGUGGAUAACUUCAAGCGGUCGUCACCGUCACCCUCGCGAUGUUCAGUGCGGAGCGACAGUCGCGUGUUUCGGCAGCCGCGCGUCAUACAAGUGAACCGCGACGCCGCCACCAUGAUGGACGACGAAGCCAACGCCGUUGAGGGGCCAAGCAGCUCAGAAGAUACCGGCCUCACACCCAAAUGGGACUCCCGGUUAGGUCAUCACGGUACACAGUUCCGUUCGCGCACCUUUAGUGACGGAUUCAUCAGAAACACUAGUCUCGAACUCCUUCUCGGCGUGGAAUGUGAGGCGUGCCUUGCACUAGCGGCUCAACGACAAUGUUUCAAUAAGCAAAUGUCGGAACAUGAAUUUGAUUUAGUUUGUAACUGUAACGUACAACAAAACAACUAUCUGAAUUGCCGUCGAGAUGUAGUAAAGCAAAGAGGACACACACUAAACAUCUAUGAUUUAGAAAGAAUUAAAAGAGACACAGGACGCAGCCACCUCGCAAGCGGCUCGCACCGCAGUUUGGACAGGAAGCAUAGCAAAACCCGCACCAUCGGUGUAUCUAAUUACAUUUCGAAGCAACUCAUAGCCUAUGAUCAAACUAAUACAUUAAUGCAGAAACUAAAAAGAAAGUUAUCCAAUUUGAAAAAAAUAGGGGGCGAGGCAAUUACAAAGAAACAUCAAAACGCGGUCCAACUGGCCGAGAUAACGUCGGCCUCGUCGAGCUCUCUCAAGAAACUAUCCAUGUUGUCUCUCGUUGAGAAGUCGCAACGUAAAAGUACCAGUCAAAGCGGAACGUUUUCAUCUUCAAGUAUGCAAUCGAAGGAUGAUCAAAAAAACUUUACAACUUACGCAAACUUUUCCUCGAAUGUGGAUCAAUGUUUUGACAGAUUGAGAGAUUACAACGACAGCGCUGAAACUAGUUCUAGUGGACAUAAAGUUGUGAAACUUAAGAAGUUUGAUUUAAAUAACGAUAUUGUAUCGAGACAAUCUCCUGUUAGAGAGGUGAAGAAAUUCUCUACUCUAGAUAAUCGUAGUAGAUGCAGGAGUAUAAGAAGACAGAUGUCUUAUAACGAUUUUGCAAGUGAACGGUUUAGGGACAGAGUCACAGCGGAUUCGUGGUCGAGGGACGAUAACGUGUUUGACUCCAGAAGUGCUAGUAACGACGUAAUUAUAAAUGACGAUGGCCAGUCUUUUGUGAGCAUCGACAGGAGCUGCAGGAAUGUGCCGCGGCCUGUGCAGGCGCAAUGCACGUGUAACUCCGGCCGGGAAAAUAGGAUUCCUUCGAUAUUUUACGACACGCACGGGAAAAAACGUACGAUACCCGCUCCGGACGUGACGGAGCGUGGACAGAACGGACGGGGCACAGCGUGCGUCGCCUGCAAGGCGGGCCAGUGGUUGCCUACCGGGACCACUUCGACAACAAGCCACAGCUCAACAACCACUGCCAACUCUUCACGGUUCUCAGUGUGGCAUCGUCGUUGGUGCUGUGUGGCGAUACUGGUGCUGGUGGCGGGCACGGCGUGCGUGGCGGGGCCGUUAGCGUUACGGACCGCACCGGGGGCUCCCCUGCACGAGAGACUGCGCCUCGCCGAGCGCCUACUCCACGACACCCCGCUUAUUGACGGCCAUAACGACUUGCCUUGGAACAUACGAAAGUUUCUACAUAAUCGAAUCAAAGACUUCAGGUUCGAUGAGGAUCUACGAACUAUAGCACCGUGGGCUACGAGUUCUUGGAGUCACACGGAUCUGCCGCGACUCAAACAAGGAAGAAUUGCUGCACAAUUUUGGGCAGCAUACGUGCCAUGCGACGCACAGCACCGGGACGCCGUGCAGCUUACCUUUGAGCAGAUAGACCUAAUACAGAGGCUCACCGACAAGUACCAUCCGCAACUCACGCUCUGCACAUCUGCUGACGACAUAAUGACAGCGCAUGCGAACCAUCGUCUCUGUUCGCUAGUGGGAGUGGAAGGUGGGCACGCUAUCGGGGGUUCUCUCGGUGUGCUUCGAACCCUGUACCAAGUAGGCGUGCGCUACCUUACGCUGACGUCCACCUGCGAUACUCCAUGGGCGGAGUGCGCCUCUGCCGACCGCGCUGAUCCCACACAAAGAGGUGGACUUACUCCCUUUGGCAAAGUGAUCGUGAAGGAGAUGAACCGUCUUGGUAUGCUGGUGGAUCUGUCCCACGUGUCAGAGCGCACGAUGCGUGACGCCUUGGCCGUGUCACGCGCACCCGUUCUCUUCUCGCACUCGUCGGCGCGCGCGCUUUGCAACGUAACACGUAACGUGCCCGACAGCGUACUACGCAUGCUCGCCAACAACAAGGGUCUUAUCAUGGUCAACUUCUACACCUCCUUUCUCACCUGUAGCGAGUCUGCCACCGUGCAAGAUGCAAUAGCGCAUAUAAAUCACAUUCGCAGCAUAGCUGGCGUUGACAGCGUAGGCCUGGGCGCUGGUUACGAUGGAAUUAACUAUACGCCGCAAGGUUUAGAAGACGUGUCUUCGUACCCGAUGCUGUUUGCGGAGUUAAUGGAGGAUGGCUGGAGCAUAGAGGAGCUGCGGAAGUUGGCCGGACUGAACCUGCUGCGGGUGCUUGCGGCGGCGGAGCGUGUAGCUCGCGACCUUGCCGCCGACCACGUUGCGCCCUACGAGGACACCGCGCCCCGCGCCGCAGACCCGCACAACUGCUCUAGUCAAGAUUUAUAAAACCUUAAAACAAAGUAGUUGAAGUAACCACACUGACUAUACAAGUGUAUCCCAAGCUUUAAUAUUUUACUAUACAUUUUAUUAUCGAGUAGA